UAUAAAUUACUCGGAGUCACGUGACCCUACUGAGUUAUCAGACGGAUUUUUUUUUCAUGUACCGACGAUAUAGAACCCUAGAGAAGUGUAAAGACUGUGAGAGAAUUCACGCAGAGAACUCGUGACUGUUAAAGGGGGAAUGGUGGAGAGAGCUGAAGAAACAUGCACCGGAAACCUCGCAUGAAAAUCAACCCCUCCCUCAAUCCUCAUCUGAUUUGUGUCCUUUGUGGGGGUUACCUGAUUGAUGCUACGACCAUUGUUGAAUGCCUCCAUUCUUUUUGCAAAACCUGCAUCGUUCGGUAUCUUGAAACCAGCAAGUUUUGUCCAAUCUGUGAUGUUCAAGUUCACAAAACGAAGCCUUUCACCAACAUUAGGCUGGAUCAUACCCUUCAAGAUUUGGUGUACAAGUUAGUUCCUGGACUUUUCCAUAAUGAAAUGAAAAGAAGAAGAAAUUUCUAUAAAGAAUUAGGCAAAGAUGUGGAUAAGCUAUGGGACGAUCCUAACAGAUUAGAGUACUACUUGGAUGACGAUGGGGAAAUUCAAAGAGAGAGGGUCAUCUUUGCUGAGGACGAACAGAUCAGUCUGGCUCUUCAGCUUAGUUCAGACGGGAAACCUCCUCUUUUACCUGUGAAAUCUACAGAUAAGAAAGGGAAAUCGGUUGACGAGGCCGGGGACUGCCGAUAUCUUUUAUGUCCCGCGGUGGUGACCAUCGGUCUAUUGAAGAAAUUCAUCAGAAUGAAAUUCUCCCUUAGCGACCGUUUCCAGAUCGACAUCUACCACACAUCUGAGGUUCUGGGCGACUGUUUGACGCUGAUAGACGUGGCCUACAUUUACAUGUGGAGAAGGAAAGGACCUCUGUGCUUGUACUACACCGUCUACACAAAUCCCGCCAAAAAAACAAAACACGAAAUCACGUGCACGGAGACUUUGGGAAAGGAGGAAAAAGCCACGGAGGAGGAAACGUUGGGACCAACGGAAAAGAAGGAAAACAUCACAAACGGCGAAGUUAAACCAGAAACAGAUGUCAAAUCGGCAGAAACUGUCUCGGAAAAGGGAACAGAGGCGUUUGGUUCUACACAGGAAAAGGAUUGUAAAACCGUAGUGCAGUCCCCGUCGGUUGAUACAACGGAGAAACUGUGUACAAUCGACUCGACGACGGACUCUAAAGAAAAGUCCGCAGAGUUACUGUUGUCACCAAAGCAAACAAAUGAUAACAGUGCAGCUACCGAUAAUGUUGAUAAAGAUAAUGUAGAAAAACGCGCAGAAGCCAAAACUGAACGAAAAGAAAAAGUGAACGUUUCAAUGGAAAAAGACAAAAACAAAAGCGGAGAAAAACCGCCAUCAGAAAAACAAGAAAAUUCAAAUAUUGAGAGAAAGUGUGAUGCUUCCGAUACCGGAUCAAAUAAAACCAACGUUAUAGCAUCAGAACCCAGCAAAACCCCUUGUACGGAGGUGUUUUCUCCUGUUAUGCCUAAGAAUUCUGUAUCACCCUCUCCGGCGACGUGUGUACCGGUUAGGUCUCCCAGUAAAAAGGAAAAACACCGACCAGAAAAACCGCAAUCGUCUCAAACUGUCUCCAAACCGACCGCCGCCAUUUUGGUCGUCCCGACGACUGAGAACUCAACGUCAAACGGGAACCGCAGUAUCCCGAAACUCAAACUGAAUACGUCGAAAUACACUUCACAGGGGAUUGUUACCAAGAGCGCGACCCUUACAACCCCAAUAUAUCACCCACGGGCUAUCCAGAAGCGGCCAGCGUCACCAAAGGAUCCGCAAGGAAGUGAAAAACCGUCGAAGGAAAAAAUGGCAAAGAUGAGCGUUACACAAGACACCAAUGCGAAAAGUAAUAACGUCGAAAAGAAAUCGGAUUCUGCUAAGUCUUCUUCUCCUUCAAAGAAAAAUUCGACGGAUAAAAACACUGCCGAUCAAACAAACAAAACGUCGUCGGCGUCGUCCUCUUCUGCAAAACCCAAGUCAUCACAAAACGGUUCCGCUAUAAAGACUCCGUCAAACGGUAGCGCAAAAAAUGCCAAAAAUGACCACAACGGUAAAUCGCCGCAAAACCACACCACGAACCACGUCCCCGCUACUGCUGCCGCGGCAGCACCACCGAACGCCGCCAAAAAACCUAGUAAGCCCUCGUCGUCAAACGGACAGAAACUGAAACUUACAGUGCCAUAUUCUUCAUAUACCUGCUACACAAACGGACUAACCAUACCGUCGCCGAUUGGCCUAUCGCCAACCGUAACGUCACCCAGACCCUUUCCUCCUUCUUCUCUUAACCGGACACUGUCGUCAUCGCCGACAAGACGGAAAACCUCGUCGCCGUCUCGUCGCCUACCGACGACCACGUCCAAUGGGCGUCUAACACCAGGGUCGUCUGUGUCGCCCUCUUCCCUGUAUUCGUUAUCACCCUCACCCACGAAUCGGUCAUUUCCAACCUCCCCCUCCCCCCACUCAACCUUCAACCCCGCAGCUGCUAGAAUGCUUCAAACGUCACCUCUUGCCCGCCAAAUGUCUUCAUCUACCGGAAGGAUAUUUUCGUUCCCAGACCGAGGCCCGCCCAUCACCCAUCUGCCCAUCACCGUGCCCACUGCCCAUUCGCAUCUAAAUUUACGACUUAACGUGUCGUCCAUGUAUUCCAGCAAUGCGCCUCCGCAAAACGGAGACCUACCGCAGGACUUAAGCAUUAAGAAGAAAACCUCGUCCAGUGAUGAAAGCGAAACACCACCCCCGCCGCCUACCACCACGCUGAAAAUCCCAAUAAAAGUUCCAAUUAAAACCAAUGGACUACAAAACGGAGAAAUCGAUAAGUUUGCGUUUACAGAUGAUGAAGAGAUCGCUUCCUCGCCGCCCGUAGGCUCCCGAAAGCUUCAUCCGAUAAAAGCUGAGCCAUCGGCUGGAACCUGAUUUAGUGUGCUUGCUUAGAGAAAGUACGUGAAAGAUUGCAGCUGUGUUUGAUUUUUCUCUUCUCUUUCUUCUUUCUAUGAUUCUCUGUAACUGUGUUAUUGUUAUGGAUGGGAUUUGUUACAAACGAGAGAGCUGAUUCGGCCUAUGUCGAUUUUGUUCAUGUGUUAGCCAUGGAUUUAGUACGGAAUUUCAUCGUCUUAUGGAAUUUCCAAUUCUUGUGAUCUAUUUUUUUUUUUUUUUUGCGUGUGUGGGAUUAUAGCUUAUCUGAACUGCUGUAAAUAUAUAUGACAAAUGUAUAUAGAUGGAGAUAUAUAUAAUAUUAUAUUUCUUGUUAUUUCGUCUUUAUGUUUGAUGUACAAUGUAUGUCGAAUUUUAUUUCUGUGUCCGAUAUAUGUGGGAAUCACGUUGCGUAUUGUAUUUCAUACUACCAAUACUGC